ACAAGAGAAACCUCCGAUGCUUCAAUGGAAAUUCAGCAAUGGCGUUGGAAAAUUCAAACCUGAUUUCGUUCUUUGUUCGUCCCUGCAGCGGACGGAGAAGACUGUCGAUUCUUGGCAUGUUCAAUUUUAAUGCGCCUGAAGUGUGAUACUUAUCAACAAUUCGCUGUUGAGCAUCAUUUCGCUAGGAAUGUAUCGAAGCAUUUCAUAGGUGACUCUGGAGCAGCGUGAACAUUAAGAAUUCAGCAUGGCGCGAGCAAACUCCAAGUAAGAGUGGUAAUUGGAGGGAAGCAGAGCUCGGAAAUUGUUUCUAGUCAGGUGUUGCAUCGUGUAAGGGACAGAAGACAGUAAGGGGAUCUGUGUGGUGGGUUAUGGGGAAUUGAGGAAUCGUUGGAAUUCGUCGGAGGAGUCGAGAGCUCCAAUGCAGUACAAGGAGAGUAAUCUGCUCGGAGCACCUUUCAGGGGAGGCUCGCUAGCAUGGGCUUCUCCGACCCAGUUGCUUCUGCCUCUGGGAUCGCGCGUCGCGCUCACGGAUUUGAAGCUGUCAGAAAGCAACACUUUACCCGGGCAGCACUCGGGUUAUGUCGCUCGAAUGGCAGUGUCACCCGAUGGAACAUUGAUGCUUUCGGUUGACACCAAGGGGCGUGCUCUGCUUUUCAACGUGAGACGUCGCCGCUUACUGCACAGGCUCAGAUUCAAGGGCCCUGUUAGCGCCAUCAAGUUCAGCCCCGACGGUUCCAUGUUUGCCGCAGGAGUUGGCAAGCUUGUACAGGUGUGGCGUACUCCCGGAUACCGCAGGCAAUUUUGCGCCUUCCAUUUGCUCAAGACUUUCGUCGCACAGGAUACCGUCACGUGCUUGGACUGGAGUCCCGACAACGAUUGGAUCAUAGCAGGAACCAGAGAUCUCGUGUGCAAAUUGUUUUGUGUGCACAGAUUGCCUGCAUAUCACCCAGUGACUCUAUCAGGUCACCGCGAUCCUAUUGUGGGGGUUUACUUCACCAAAGACGACUCCUCCCUCAAUUCUGUCACUGGAGCCUACUCAGUCUCACGAGAUGGGGCGCUUUUCCACUGGCAGUUCCAACAAGCAUCUCCUGAAGUUCUUGCUUCUUUGGAGGCUUUAGCUGCUGGAGGCUCUGAAGAGCCUGAAGUUGUCGCCGACACGGUCAGAAUCGCAGGUAGCAAGACUAAUGGAACGAACUUUAGCAAGGAUGAUGCAGACGACGAUUUCACUGUAGUGCUGAAUCCGGAAGAUGAAGAAAAUGUUAACAAAGGUAAGAAGAGGAAGAUGAGGUUAAUAGAGAAAGCAAGAAAGAAGAAGUUAAGGCGGAAAAGAGAAGAAGCUGAAGACGAAGGUAAGGCGACAACCACUCUAGACGAAGAAACACCUGGAAGCGGCGAGGAAGCUGUUGUUACGGGAAAACAAGAACAGGAUGUCUCUGAACAACAGGAAAGAGGAUUUGUGGAUCCAUUGAAAGCUGAACUCCAAGAGAGGAAACUGAGUUGCUCUCGGUUGGACAAAGGGCGAUGGGAACUAUCUAAGAAGCAUUUCUUCCUGCAAAAGACGAGCGUGACUUCUUGCAGUUAUCACCCGCGCCUUAACCUGUUGGUCGCUGGAUUCGCAACGGGCACUUUUGGGCUUUAUCAGCUUCCGGAAUUCACCUGUCUUCAUCUGUUGUCAAUUUCGAGGGAUAAGAUCACUUCAGCAGCAUUCAACGAAACAGGAAACUGGCUAGCAUUUGGAUGUGCAAAACUGGGUCAGCUGCUAGUAUGGGAGUGGCGAUCCGAAACCUACGUUUUGAAGCAGCAGGGUCAUUACUUCGAUGUCAAUUGCGUCGCCUACUCUCCUGAUUCACAGCUUUUGGCCACUGGUGCAGAUGACAACAAGCUAAAGGUUUGGAACAAUUCAACAGGUUUUUGUUUUGUAACUUUCACGGAGCACACCAAUGCUGUCACUGCAGUUCUCUUCCUCUCUGGAAACCGCGCUGUCGUGAGUGCAUCUUUGGAUGGGACGGUGCGAGCUUUCGAUUUGAUGCGUUACAGAAAUUUUCGAACUUUCACUACUCCCGCUCCUACGCAAUUCAUUUCACUUGCCGCGGAUCAAAGCGGAGAGGUGAUAUGUGCGGGCUCUCUAGACACAUUUCAGAUAUACGUGUGGUCGAUGAAGACAGGUCGGCUUUUGGACAUGCUGAGUGGACACGAUGGCCCCGUCUAUGGUCUUGCCUUUUCACCAACUGAUGAAUUGUUGGCGUCAUCCUCGUGGGACAAGUCCGUGAGAUUAUGGGACGUUUUCAAAGGCAAGGGUGGGAUAGAAACCUUCUCACAUACACAUGAGGUGUUGGCGCUGGCCUACCGACCCGAUGGUAAACAGCUUGCUUGCAGCACCCUAGAUGGCUCGAUACAUCUGUGGGAUCCCUUAGAAGGGGUUCUUACGUUUACUAUAGAAGGACGGCGUGACAUUGCUGGUGGAAGGCUCAUGUCCGACAGGAGAACAGCUGCAAACUCCAGUUCUGGAAAAGCUUUCAACACCAUAGCCUAUACAGCCGACGGACGUUAUUUGCUGGCCGGCGGUACCAGCAAGUAUAUCUGCUUGUACGACGUUUCUGAACAGGUGCUGCUAAGAAGAUUUCAAAUCUCGUACGAUAUGUCUUUAGAUGGAGUUCGCGACAUGUUAAAUUCAAAGAAUAUGACAGAUGCCGGGCCUCUCGACAUGAUCGACGACGACGACAGCGAUGACGAGAGAUUUGAUUUCAUGGGCAAGGGACAAGGACUGCCAGGAACUGCGAAAAAAAACACAAGAACUUCCGUGCGGACCAAGUGUCUACAGAUUUCACCAACAGGGCGAUCAUGGGCAGCCGCAACCUGUGAGGGUGUACUGGUCUUCUCUAUGGAUGACGACUUGAUAUUUGAUCCUACUGAUCUUGAUGUGGAUGUUACUCCAGAGUUUAUUGAGGAAGCAAUGCUGAACAAGCAACAUGCACGCGCUGUUGUGCUGUCUCUUCGGCUGAAGGAGAUCAGUAUCAUUCGACGGAGUAUCGAAGCUGUCCCACUGAAUGACAUUUCUACUGUCGCUCGGUUUAUACCUUUGACGUACCUGGGCACGCUUUUGGGGGCUAUCAAUGGCUUCUUGGAGAGCACUCCACACCUUGAGUUUCUAUUGGAGUGGUGUCAGGAGAUAUGUGUUGCCCAUGGAAGAGCUAUUUUGGCCAAGAAUAAGCAGCUAUUGCCUCUCUUGAGAUCCUUGCAAAAGAGUUUGACAAGGUUGCACGAAGACCUGUCAAGCGUUUGCUCCGCAAAUCAGUACCUUCUGCAAUAUGUCUGUUCCGCUCCAGCGGUUGCUCCAGAUUUGCCUCAGCUACGGCUAACAAGUCAAUAGACAGGGUGAGGAAGGUGCUGUUACGGCGAUGGGUGGAUUCGGAAGAAAGCGCCUACUUCGGUUUCGCAUCAUGCUCUGAAUGUAGAUGUGCUGCUUAUAUGAAUGGCCGUGCGGAUCCGGUCCACAUACAAUCUGUUCAUGCUCCUCGACCACUGUUCCAAAUGUAUGGUGACCACUGAGAAAACAAAUAGCGACUAUUUUUAUACCACUAGUUUAUGGGUCAGUCGAUCCAUUCAAUUUUUGUACCAGAUUACAUCGAGUCAUGUAUAAUGUCUUCGUCAUAAAAUCAAAGAGGCCACAGUUUCGCGAGAGUGAGAUUUUUCACAUCUUAAAUCGGUGCCCCUCUCCGAAGUUGCCUCCAGUUAUUGCUUGAGUACUUGGCUGGGUUUGCGCAGAACUAGCUUACAAUUUCCCAACAAAUUUGUCCUCUAGUGAGCUCCCCGGGAUCAUUAUCGGUCGGUGAAGCUAUGUAUUCGGAGAACCCUUAUGAAUUCACGAAGCAUGCUGGGUGUUGUGAUUUCGUAGCUUGUGAAUCCAAGACUUAGUACUCGUAGCUUAAACAAAACCAUGCGCUAACACAUAUCACCUUUACUCUGUGUAUUUAUCCUGUAAACACUUC